GGCCCGGCAGAUGAUUAUCCCGGCUCGGCCCGCACGGUCACAGCGCAGCGCCUAACCCGCACCCCGCUCCCCCGCACCGGGACUCACACGGAGGGUUUUAUCCGGGGAUCCGCACGGCUCGGCCCGACAAAUCACAGUUUCCACGCUCCGCCCCGCCGGCACAGAGCAGCAAAGGAAUGCCGAGAGAGCUCACCCAGAGUCGGAUCCAGAAGAUCUGGAUGCCCGGCAAGGAGGACAAGCCGCGCAGAGCGGUCAGCGGCCCGCACCUCGCCAACCCGCCCACCGUCAUCGUGAUGGUCGGCCUGCCGGCACGAGGCAAGACGUACAUGUCCAAGAAGCUCACCCGCUACCUCAACUGGAUCGGCAUGCCCACCAAAGUCUUCAAUGUGGGCGAGUACCGCAGAGAGGCAGUGAAGAACUACAGCUCCUAUGACUUCUUCAAGCCUGAUAACGAGAGCGCCGUGAAAAUCAGACAGCAGUGUGCCUUAGCAGCCCUGCGGGACGUCCGGUCCUACCUAACGGACGAGGGAGGCCAAGUCGCGGUCUUCGAUGCCACGAACACGACGCGCGAACGCCGAGAGAUGAUCCUCGACUUCGGCAGCAAAAACGGCUUCAAGAUCUUCUUCAUCGAGUCGGUGUGCGACGACCUCGACGUCAUCGCCUCAAACAUCAUGGAAGUGAAGGUGUCGUGUCCGGACUACCAGGACUGCAACAAGACGGACGCCAUGUUGGAUUUCCAGAAGAGAAUUGAAUGUUACAAAGCCAGCUACCAACCUCUGGAACCUGAUCACUACGACAGGGAUCUGUCCUUCAUCAAGGUGAUCGACGUGGGUCGCCAGUUCCUCGCCAACCGGAUCCAGGAUCACAUCCAGAGCAAGAUCGUCUACUACCUGAUGAACAUCCACGUCCAGCCUCGCGUCAUCUACCUGUGUCGGCACGGCGAGAGCACCGACAACCUGCAGGGGCGUCUGGGCGGCGACGCCGGCCUCUCGCCGCGGGGCAAGAAGUUUGCCGCCGCCCUGGCUCGGUUCGUGGAGGAGCAGAAGCUGAAGGACCUGAAGGUUUUCACCAGCCAGUUGUGCCGCAGCAUCCAGACGGCCGAGGACCUGGGCGUCCCGUACGAGCAGUGGAAGGCCCUCAACGAGAUCGACGCCGGAGUGUGCGAGGAGAUGACGUACGACGAGGUGAAGGAGAAAUUCCCAGAGGAGUUUGACCUGAGAGACCAGGACAAAUACUACUACCGCUACCCCGCCGGAGAGUCGUACCAGGACCUGGUGCAGCGGGUGGAGCCCGUCAUCAUGGAGCUGGAGAGGCAGGAGAACGUCCUGGUCAUCUGCCACCAGGCCGUCAUGCGCUGCCUGCUGGCCUACUUCCUGGAUAAGAGCGCAGAUGAGAUGCCCUACCUGAAGUGUCCCCUCCACACGGUGCUGAAGCUCACCCCGGUGGCCUACGGCUGCAAAGUGGAGUCCAUCUACCUCAACGUGGAGGCGGUGAACACCCACCGAGACAGGCCCGAGGAGGUGAAAAGGGGUCCCGGGACGCUGCUGAGGAGGAACAGCGUGACUCCUCUGACCAGCCCCGACUCCAACAUCAAGAAGCCUCGCAUCGACGACCUGGACGAGCCGCCGAUCCAGGAGCUGCCGUCCUCCGCCGCCCCCGCCCCGCUGGGCCUCUGCAGCCCCUCCCACCUGCCCCUCGCCCUCACCGGACAGCACUGGCUGGGCAAAGUUUGCCUACGAACCAUCUUCCACUAUCUGGCAGUGGUUUCACUCGUCUUACAAAGAACCUGAGCAGGAAACCGACCGGUUGCCAUGACGUCCUGCAGCCCUGCCAAUGAGAUCGCACCGAUCCGUCACCUGACACAAGGGACCAGGAAGAGGAUGACCACCACCACCAACACCAACAACAAGAACACUGAAGAUGACAUUGAAGAGUUAAUUUUCCAAAAAAACAUCUCGAUCUCUACCUUUACAGAUAAGCUCUGUCAUUUCACACGAGGACUUCCGUCUCCUGUUGUCUUUACGAAGGACAACAACAGUUUAGAUCCCGUGCUGUCUGUCAUUUCCAUGUUCUCAGACGGUGGAGAUGUCAUUUUGGAACAAAACUCUCCAACUCUCUCUCUUCUCCCCUCUUUGUUCUUGUCAAUCUUGGACAUUUUCCUGCCUCAGUGGGACUGAUGAAUGUGUCCGGCGUCCAGCUGUGGUUCCCAAACUCGGGACACUUCGGGAACGUCCGGAUGAAUUCUGCACGCUGACUGAAAGAGGGGAACUGAAAUCUGAAACGUGGAGCGCGUCGGGGCUCAGACGCCUCUGGCUUCUUCUGGUCGAUCGCUGGGAAAGACCAAAGAUCACGAUUAACUUUCAGCUCGUAUUUUGUUUUCCAACCAUGCUGUCAUGGUUGCACUAUUAAUCAAAAACUGAAGGAUCAUUUAGUUUACAAUGUAAACUCUCUUAGGCAUUUCUUUGGAAGCACUGACUCCAAUAAUUUGUAUUUUAUUUUCUUUUUUCUAAAAUGUGUGCAAAGAUUGUAAAGUUCCUCAUCACUGAUAGAUUGACUUCUCUUUAUGCUGACCUGCUACAAGAUGAGCUAUUAUUUUGCACAGCAAGGAUGGGAUUUUAACUUUUUUUUUCUUUUUUUGUGAGUAACUGUGUGUGUGUCACUUGAACCACGAUGUGUAUUUGUUGAUUUCGUGUCGCUCCAUGUAGAGUAAAGGAGGCGAUUGUUGCCGUAGAGUGCCUAUAGAGCUCAGCAUUUCAGCUUCAUCACCGUCAUUUCAGUGGUUUAACUUUUUCUCAGUUUCAGUGUCUGUUUCCUACGACGGCAUCUCAGGGCCACUGUAGGACGGAAAAAAAAUUAGACCCCGUUGGCAGAGUAAUACUCUGAGAAGAAUCUCUGAGAAGUCUUUUUUACGAGAAAAAGUUUUGAUAUUCCCUGAGAUUAAAGUGGGAAUUUACUAGAAAAAAUUCACAUAUUUGUGAGAAGAAACUAAAAAAAUCUCUGAUAUUAAAGUCACAAAUUUAUGAAGAAAAAACUCAAACUCAAAAAAUACUUUUGAGGGGUCAUUGGUCACUGGUCAUUUUAUAAAUUUACCACUUUAAUCUCAGAGAAUAUCAGUCUAUACCUCAGAGUUUUUUUCUCGUAUUUUUUUCCCUACAGUGGCCCUAAUAUGCUGUAUUUGAGCAAAUAGAUUUCACUAUGCAGAAAACUUUAUUCUUUCACUUUUUUUGUUGUCAUUGUUGUUGUCUGCUACGCACAAACGUGAGCACCUAAAUUUUUGUUAAAACAGCGCGUCCUGUUAAUAAUAUAGUCUGUAAAUUUUACUGUAAAUAUGAAGGGAGGCAGGCGGGAUGCUGGGAUAUGAGCAGUAACUCUCAUUGGAGUCUUUAAAUGAAGGUGAUGUGUGUGUUUGAAUGUUUUUUACUGCUAGACUGAAUGGAAAGCACCGCGUGUAAUAUUAAUAAUAAUUUUAAAAAAUUAAAAUAAAAAGAAGAAGAAGAAGAGGAAAGUAAUACGGCGUACUGGUACCAAUGUAGGGAGAAAAAAAAUUACAGAGCCGGGUGAGGAAGGGGGAUUAAGAUUCCAUCCCCAAAAAACUCUGAAUCUCUGAGAUUAAAUUAGUAAAUUUACAAGAAAAGAUUUACAAAUUUAUGAGAAAAACAAAAUAAAAAAUUCUGAGAUUGUAAAGUUACAAAUUUACAUGAGCAAGCUGUGAAAUUCAGAAACUGAAGUGGUAAAUUUUUGAGAAAAAAAACACUGAUUUAUGAUUAAAAACACUCAAAAAUUCUAUUAUCAUGAAGUCACAAAUUUCUGAAAAAAAAAAAAAAAAAAAAAAAAAACUCAGAAAAAAUAGUUUUUAUCGGAUUUAGUGACAAGGAAAUACUCAUGUAGUUCCUUCACUCCCCAAAAAAAGAAAAAAUUCUCAUAAAUUUUUCAAAUUUAGAAUCUCAGAAUUUCCUGGAUUUCCCAUCCCCGGAUCAGUAAUUUUUUUUUUUUUUUCCAACGAUGGUCCUGAUACGCCAUGAAGAAACUCCUCUCCUGUCUCCGAACGGCAGUAACACUUUUGUUAACCCGUUUGCUUCUGAUACUUGAAAUUUUUUUGUAAGAACUCAUUUUAAUAUUAAAACAGUUAUUUAUUUGUAUGUAGAUUUGGCAGAGAGGCACCUUGUUUUAACUGGAGGACUGUACGUGACCUGACGGAGGCCCACGCCGCCUUCACAGGACGAUGUAGUCUGUACUGUAUGUUGUUAUUUUGCAUCUGCUGGACCAAUAAAUCUACUUGAGGAAAAUGA